CGCUCGCAUAUAAGACAGAAGUCGGGGGGAGAGGGUGUAAAGAUUAUUUCCCUCGCUUUGUAGCUUAACCACAAGAAGACAAAAGAACAAGAAACGGACUUGAGCUAUAAAUUGCAUUGUCAGUAUGGCACAGAAGGAAAAGUUGCAGUGUCUCAAAGAUUUCCAUAAGGACACGUUGAAGCCGUCUCCCGGUAAGAGUCCCGGCACGCGUCCUGAAGACGAGGCGGAGGGCAAAGCGCCACAGCGGGAGAAAUGGGCCAGCAAGCUGGAUUUCGUGCUCUCCGUGGCCGGAGGUUUCGUCGGGUUAGGCAACGUUUGGCGUUUCCCGUACCUCUGCUACAAGAAUGGCGGAGGUGCAUUUCUCAUCCCCUACUUCAUAUUUCUGUUUGGCGGAGGUUUGCCCGUCUUCUUUCUGGAGGUGGCACUCGGCCAGUUCACCUCUGAGGGAGGAAUCACCUGCUGGGGGAAACUCUGCCCCAUUUUCACCGGAAUCGGCUACGCUUCGAUCGUGAUCGUGUCUCUGCUGAACAUCUACUACAUCGUGAUCCUGGCGUGGGGUCUGUACUACCUGCUGCAGUGUUUCCAGCACGAGCUGCCCUGGGCCCGCUGCAGACACAGCUGGAACACGGCGAACUGCGUGGAGGACACCGUCCGCAAGAACAAAAGCCUCUGGCUCUCCGCCAACGUCACCAGCCUCACCAACCUCACCUCGCCGGUCACCGAAUUCUGGGAGAGGAACGUCCUCAGCAUCUCUUCGGGGAUCGACGAGGUCGGCGGUCUGAAGUGGGAGCUGGCACUGUGCCUGCUGGCCGUCUGGAUCAUCUGCUUCUUCUGCAUCUGGAAAGGAGUCAAAUCCACUGGCAAGGUGGUCUAUUUCACAGCGACGUUUCCUUUCCUCAUGCUGAUUGUGCUGCUGGUUCGCGGUGUGACUCUGCCUGGUGCCGCCGAGGGCAUCAAGUUUUACCUUUACCCCAAUCUGACCCGCCUAAAAGACCCUGAGGUGUGGAUUGAUGCAGGCACUCAGAUCUUUUUCUCAUAUGCUAUUUGUCUUGGUGCGAUGACAUCACUGGGAAGCUACAACAAGUACAAGUAUAACUGUUACAGGGACUGCAUGCUGCUCGGAUGCCUGAACAGCGGUACCAGUUUCGUGUCAGGCUUUGCCAUCUUUUCCGUCCUGGGGUUCAUGGCACAGGAGCAGGGCGUGGCCAUCGCCGAUGUGGCCGAGUCAGGUCCUGGUCUGGCCUUCAUUGCGUAUCCAAAGGCUGUCACAAUGAUGCCACUGCCGACGGUCUGGGCCAUACUUUUCUUCAUAAUGCUUCUGCUGCUGGGCCUAGACAGUCAGUUUGUAGAAGUGGAGGGUCAGAUCACCUCUCUGGUGGACCUGUACCCAUCCCUCCUAAGGAAGGGAUACCGGAGAGAAAUCUUCAUCGCUGUGAUCUGCGUCAUCAGUUACCUGCUGGGACUCACCAUGGUCACUAAAGGUGGCAUGUACGUCUUCCAGCUGUUUGACUACUACGCCGCCAGCGGUGUGUGCCUUCUCUGGGUUGCAUUCUUUGAAUGUGUUGCAGUAGCCUGGGUUUACGGGGCUGAUAAUUUCUACGAUGCUAUAGAGGACAUGAUCGGCUACAGACCCAACAGCUGGAUGAAAUGGAGCUGGAUGCUGAUCACUCCCGUCCUUUGUGUGGGUUGUUUUGUAUUUUCAUUGGUGAAAUACAAGCCGCUCACCUAUAACAAGUUUUACGAGUAUCCUGAUUGGUCCAUUGGAUUGGGUUGGGCUCUUGCGCUGACUUCUAUGAUUUGCAUCCCGAUGAUGGUCGUCAUCAAAAUCAUCCAAUCAGACGGCUCCUUGAUAGAGCGGAUCAAAGCUGUGGCUGCACCAGUUAAAGGAGGUGCGAGCUCUCGCCCAAAGGAGUACAGCCUGAAGAACAGUGAGCUGCUUCACCCGCUGGACCCCAACGGCAUCCACGUCUUCACCAAACACAGCCACACCAUCGUAGAAACUACUAUGUGAGGCUCUCUAAGAGAGAUUCCCGUAUUCUCCAGCUCCUGUCCUCUCCUAUGGGAGAUCCCGUUUUUUCCUGUUGUCCCGCUCCCUUCCCCUCCAUUCCUCUCUCUCGCUCUGCACUAGUGCGUUUUUAUGAAAUGAUCUUAUAUCGAUAUAUCUUUUUUGCCAUGUAGGAUUUGUAUUCUGAUUGUAAUCAAUGGUAUUAGCAUUAAUGCUGAUAUUGUAAUAACCUGAUGUGAGCUUUAGCCGUCUGGGGUGGUUUGUUUAAUCUGUAGUGCACGGUUUCACAUUAAACCACAUCCUAACCAGGAACAACACAGGAUUUACUGCUCAUUGCAUUACGAUUUCUUUCAUAUCAAUCAGAGUUUUGAUCCUAAACAACCACAAUGAGACAUUUUGCUUUCUAUUUUGGUCCUGUCACUCUGAAUAGCCCCGCCCACAGUAAUAUUUUUUUAUUGAAUUUUUUUUUUAA